UCCACUCACCCUCCACCCUUCGCCAUUAUCAUCAUCUUUUCCACUCCAUAUAUCUUCUUCUAGGGUUUUCUCCCUGCACAUAACCCUCUUCUUUCUCAUUUUUGCACAAUAAAGGGUUGCAUAUAUAGCUUUAGCUUUCAAGCUAGAAAGACAGCAGAUCAAGUGAGAUAACUUCGAAGAUCUCUCCGAUCCCCACCAUACAGCAAUAUAAUCAAGAAAUCAUAAAGAUCAGACAAGUUUGGUAGAUCUGGCAAUGGGGGAUUGCAGGUGACAGAGCAGACAGAUUAGUUUGUGUAGGAAACAUAGAUAAAAUGUUCCAUCAAUUUGGAUGAGUUCUAUGAUUAUUAAUGCAGAGAUAAAGUCUAGUUUCGCGGAACUUUGCAGGGCGAAUGUCGGAUAUCACCUCACCAUAAAGUCUUAGAAACCGGAAGCCGGAUAUGAAAAUAUAGUGUGUUGCAUCAUAGAUAUAUACAAAGGAUAUGUCUUUUUCUUCUUCUCCUUCCUCUUCAAGUUCCAGCAGCUAUUCAAACCCUCCUUGCGCGGCCUGCAAGUUUCUGCGGCGGAAAUGCCUGCCGGACUGCAUCUUCGCGCCGUACUUCCCGGCGGAGGAGCCGCAGCAGUUCGCCAACGUCCACCGGAUCUUCGGCGCCAGCAACGUCGGCAAGACGCUAAGCGCCAUCCCGCCGCACCAGCGGCAAGACGCCGUGAACUCCCUCGCCUACGAGGCGGAGGCGCGUACAAAGGACCCCGUUUACGGCUGCGUAGCCGCCAUCUCCGUGCUGCAGCGCCACGUCAUCCGCCUCCAGAAGGAGCUGGACGACGCCAACGCCGAUCUGAUGCGAUACGCCACCGCAAAGCCCCUUCCCCAUCAUCAUCAGGGAUAUCCGGGAAUGGAAUUUGUGACGAUGAAUCAAACGGCGGCGUAUCGUGAUAAUAAUCAACAGAGGGCUUCCGAUAAUGAGUUUGGAAUGCCACCUCCGGCCGCCGGUGAUCGGUCGCCGUAUUACCCUGAGGUGGUAGAUGCUGAUUGUUGAAUUUAUUCAAUUCCAUGAAUUGAAUCUCUAGAGCUAUAUAUAUGUGUGUGUAUAUACAUAAACAUGUAUAUGUAUACAAGGCUCCAGUUUUAAGGAGCUACGUACAUAUAUAUGUGUUGUCAAUAUAAUGUUGUGGUCCGUACUAGUUCUGAAUGUUCCCACACAGUUAUGGGAGGAGUUCUACUACAUGAACUCUCAUUUUAUACUUUUAUCACUUUUACCGCUUGAAGUGGCAAGAUAUAAUAAGUUAUUUUCA